CGCCACGGCGCCACCCGUGUUCAAAUUCGAACUGCCUCCACGGCCCCCGUCCCCAACGGUCGCCGUCUUCCCCACUCCUCGUCUCGUCGUCGCACCGCACGACACCCACACGCCCGACUCCGACUCCAGCCGCCUCGCGCAACCCCCGCGUGACCCUCCCUCUCCGAUGGCGGCCGCCGCCGCACCCGCUCGAUCCGCCGCGCCCUCCUCGCAGCCGGUGCGCGUCGUGCUGCGCGUGCGCCCGUUCCUCCCGUCGGAGGCCACAUCUGCGACGGCGCCCUGCAUCUCCCUCCUCGGGAGCCACCCCGGCGGCGAGGUCACCGUCCAGCUCAAGGACCAGCACACCAGUCGGAGCGAGCACUACAGGCUGGAUGCUUUCUUCGGUCAAGAGGAUGACAUCAACCAGAUAUUCGAUAGGGAGGUCAGGGCAGUGAUCCCAGGCAUCUUCGAGGGGAUCAACGCGACAGUUUUCGCCUAUGGGGCAACUGGCAGCGGCAAGACCUACACGAUGCAGGGCACGGAGGAUUCUCCGGGGCUCAUCCCUUUGGCAGCUUCGACGGUCCUGGCGCUCUGCACUGGGACAUGGUGCUCCGUGGAGAUUUCGUACUAUGAGGUGUACAUGGAGCGGUGCUAUGACCUGCUGGAGCCCAAAGCGAAGGAGGUCAUGGCAUUGGAUGACAAAGACGGCAACAUGCAGCUGAAGGGCUUAAGCUGGGUCCCCGUGCGAUCUAUGGAGGAAUUCCAGGAGCUCUAUUCCAUAGGUGUCCAGAGGAGAAAAGUUGCCCAUACUGGACUGAACGACGUUUCCAGUCGGAGCCACGCUGUACUCUCUCUCAGGGUCAGCGCUGAUGUUGUCAAAGGAAAGUUUAACCUCAUCGAUUUGGCUGGUAGCGAGGACAAUAGAAGGACUUUCAAUGAGGGGAUUCGCCUUCAAGAAAGUGCUAAGAUCAACCAGUCAUUGUUUGCACUGUCCAAUGUAAUUUCAGCUCUAAACAAGAAUGAGCUCCGAAUACCCUAUAGAGAGAGCAAAUUGACCCGCGUACUACAAGAUUCUCUAGGAGGCAGCAGCCGUUCUGUGAUGAUAGCAUGCCUGAAUCCGGCAGAAUAUCAGGAGUCAGUCAACACAGUAAGUUUGGCUGCACGAUCACGGCAUGUUGGGAAUUUCACAUGCUCAGCAAGCAAGCAAGAAACUCCUAAGGUCAAGGUUGAUAUGGAAGCAAAAUUGCGAGCAUGGUUGGAAUCAAAGGGGAAAACAAAGAGCAUCCAAAGAAUGGAUGGUCUUUUCUCCCCAACCGCCAGCAAAACUUCAUUUUCUGUGAGCCAUAUGAAGCAACCAGCGUCUUCCAGAAUCUCGUGUAGAGCCAAGGCAAUGGAUCAAGAUAGUGGUAAAAUUAAGAAGAUACUUUUUGAUCCAGAACCAGAAGUCCAUGUACCCAUUGAAAACAUACCAUGGGAGCACAUGCAGAACGAAGUAAAUACACCAAAGAAAGCAGUGCUUCCUUCAGUAACUCCAUGCAAAGAAAAGCAUGAAGCUUCUCUCAGGAAAGCUCUUUCGCCGAUUUCUUCAAACAUGGAGCCCCAAACUCCAAUAGAAACACCAAAAGUCGAGAAGAUUCCUGGUGCAACACCACUAGAUAAAUUCAAUGCACUAGGGUCUAACCUAAAGGAAGCUCUUGUUCAGCAGUACCUUGACUUCUUAAACGAGGGAAACAAGGAAGAGUUACAACAGUUGAAAGGAAUUGGUGCGAGGAGAGCAGAAUAUAUUCUGGAAUUACGGGAGGAGUCACCAAGACCAUUCAAAACUCUUGUGGAUUUGGAAAAUAUCGGCCUCUCAUCAAAACAGGUCCAAGACAUCCUGAGGAAGACGGCCUCUGGAAUCUUCAAAUGAUCACCAAAAUUGAUGUGUUCCAGAGUAAUGGAGUAACAUGCCCCUUGUGGCGUAUUUCCCGCAGGAAAAAAAAAAGAUCACCAAAAUGGAUGUUGUACUGUAAUUUGUUGUGAUGCCGCAUGCCGGUGAAGUUAGUUCAAUCUUGUGUUGAUGACUUACAGGCAACGUCCAGCUGCUUCUUUCAACUAGAUCGCCACCUUUGGCCUUUCAGUGGUCUUUGUAGAAUUGUAGCUGAACUUGAACAACUAAUUAUAGGAGUUGUGCUGCUACUUUGCAUGGAGCAACGAGUUGCUCCUCCUUGACGUUUCUGAAAUGUUCUCUUUGCUGAACUUUUCGUAGGCUGCACCAUGAAGUUUGGGAAUA